AUGGUUGGCUUUGCUUUGCUGUUUGCUGUGCUCCUCUCCUGCUGCGAGGACCGUGCGAGAUCACCGGAGGCCGCCGUGGCCGAAGGACCCCGCGACCGGACCAGCUCGCUGGUGAACGCGGUCCUGUGCUAUACGCUGCUGGAGGUGCUGCAGCGGCUUGGUCUCCCUCUGCUGGCUUUCGGACGCUUUUGGGCGCUCUUGGCCUGCGUGCUCUUCUGGCUGUGGCAUUCCAUCGAGCCGAGCCGACCGCCCAAGAAGUGGAACCCACGCGCCGAGGCGGCGAACAAUGAGCCAGUGGAGGUCUUCCUCGAAACGUUGGCUCGCGAGUUGGACGAGAGGAAGCCCCCCUUGGACCCCGCCGCCCUGCGCGCUGCCUCGUGGCAGGACAUCUCGACCAAAGGCGCCGAGGUCUUCAUCAAAUUCGUCAAAGAACCGAAGAUGACGACGCAGGUCUGCUUGAAUAUCGAGUCGCACGACCAGGAGCCCGACUUUCCUUGGAUCGUCGUGGAGAAUGACAAGCUGGCAGGGGGCGCGGUGCCCAUCUUCCUGGCGCUGGAACUGUGGCCGGCGUGGUUCCCCUUCUGCCAGUUCGCAGGGUUGUGGGGUCUGGAUCGGCAGCAGGGCAUCUACCUGCUGCGCUACAAGAUCGCUUUUCUGACCGUCGACAUCGUGAUGCCUGGAGAAUCCGUGAAAGCACAAAUACGAAUACGGCCCAGAGGCACAUGCAACGGCUAG